UUCAUUAAUCAGUUUGAUUUUUGCACACCCCUAAUACAUAUCCAUUUUUUUUUUCUUUUUAAAUAACGAUGCUCAAAUACGUAUAAAUACCGUACUCCCGCCAUUUCUCUCCACAUAGAGAAAUCAAAUGGAAAUUGUGAGAGAACAAGCGAAGAGUAACUCCGAUGAAUCACUCAAACUCGCAGUCGCAAUGGCGAUUCUCCGAUCAAAGCUCCUCCACAAACCUCCGUCAGCACCGCCGCCGCCUCCUCCGCCUUACUCCUCCACUGCCGCUGCUGCCACUGCCGCUGCAGCUUCUUCCUCCGAUGAUGACGCUCUUAAAUGGAAACGAAAAGCUAAAGAGCGUAAACAAGAGAUUGUCAGACUUAAGGAAGAUCUCAAAGUAGCGGAAGAUGGUUCACAGUAUGAUUUAUUUCCAAAAAGUGCAUCAUGCAAGUGUUAUUUCUUUGAUGAGUUGGGAUUAUUGAGCCCUAAGAGAACUGGAGAUUGUUCUGAUCAACAGUUCAGUGAUGUGUUGCGGAGAAGGUUUCUCAGACAAGUGAGGAUUAAGGAAAGAAAGAGGAGAAGAACAAAUGAUUCCCUGCUUCACCGAAUUUCAGAACGUGACAAUGAAACUAAUGUCGAGCAACUGAGCACUUCAGUUGAUUUUCUCUUGGAGCUUUGUGACACUCUUUCUCCUCAAAGUUUGGAGGAGGGUAAUUUUAAAAACUGGUGCCACCAAGCUGUGGACUUUAUUCUUGGUACACUGGCUACAAUGUCACCAACCGAAAAGAACAGAGAACCCGUGGAAGGCAUUAUCAACAGCUUAAUCAUGCGUUUGUUGAGAAGAAUGUGCAGUGCCUUGCAAGGAGAUGAAUCUCAUCACUUUGACACAGCUGUUCAGUUCUAUAUUCAACAUUUGAUGCGUAAGAUCGGAAAUGAGGCUUUUGUCGGCCAGCGUCUAAUAUUUGCAGUUUCUCAAAGAAUUUCUGCAAUUGCAGAAAGUUUGCUUUUCAUGGAUCCAUUUGAUGCUGCCUUUCCAAGUAUGAAUAACUCUAUGUACAUGAUGAUCCAGCUUAUUGAAUUUCUGGUUACAGAUUAUUUGUUAACCUGGUCAAACACUGGAGAUUUCGAAAUAAGGCUUUUUGAAGAAUGGUUUGUAUCAGUUCUCCAAGGAAGAAAAGCAUUGGAACUACUAGAAAACAGGAAUUCUCUUUAUGUACUGUACAUAGAUCGUGUAAUUGGAGUUGUGGCCAAGCAAGUGGGGCAGUUGUCAUUUCUGCAAAAGCUAAGUCCGCAGAUUCUUGAGAACUUGUAUAGCUAAGCUCUUACCUGGACCUUUCCCUUGUGAACUGUGAAAUUCCAGUGACAUUGACACUGUUGGACUUUCUCGCGUAUCUCAACUUGUCUUAUAACAAUUUGAGCGGACUGAUUCCAACCAAUCCACAUUUUGACACUUUGUAUCAAGACGGAACAGCAUAUAUCGGGAACAAAUACUUAUGUGGUGCUCCUGAUGGGAUGAGCUGCAGCAACAGCAACGGACCCUCUACCAACGAAACAGCUGAGAACAGAUACGAUCAAGAAAAUGUCCUUUUUGUUGUAGUUAUAUUCUCGGGUUUUGUAACAGGAACAUCUGGUGUAUUUCUGCUGUUAUAUUUGAUAGAUGACAACUGGAGGAAUAGGUAUUGGAGGGCAGUACACGAAAUUGUGUUGAAAAUAGUGAACUGUAAGCUAUGAUAUGUGCAUAUACUAAAUACUGCAUAUUCCAAUGCA